AUGACCAGCCAACCCGAACAAAAAGUCAAGUCUCUUCUUACGCCACUGGAUGCAAAGGCCGACACAGCUGUUACGGCGGCAGCGCCCCGACUGCCCCGCACCGACGAUCCCAUCUUCAAGCCUCGCGAGCCACCACAGCACGCGAGGAAGAAGGAAUCGACACUGGGCCAGCCCCAAGUCUUCGUCGACAAGGUCAGCAUCUGGGCCAAUCUGGCGCAGAUGGGCACCAGUACCGUGCGACUCUUGAAAGAAGCGAUCAACAACUGA